GGUCAUGGAAUUGAGAUGCGCAGGCAAGAAACAAGGCACGAUCGAGCCACUGAAUUCAACGGCCCCUUCGUGAUCGUCUACAUGGCGCAAAGCGCACGAGACAUGUUCUUCCAAACAGCGUGUGCUGGAGGAUUGUGAGGAAGCUGCUGCCUCCGGUGUCUGCAUCUUCUUCCAUCCGCCAGAAAAGUCUUCUUCCUCAUGAGAAAUCAAUAUCAGCGUGUGGUACUCUCGUCUACGACAUGAACAGAGAAGAGAACAGAGGAGGCGAGCUUGUUCGUGUUGCGUGACUGUUGCCUCGUCCAAUCUGAGAUUGAUAACAUCGUAACAAGGAGGCAGUACUGUCGGGACGAGAUUGAAAAUCUUCGACACGAAACAUUUUCGGCUCAUUUCGGCUCAUUUCGGCACGUCCGACAAAUGGCUACGAUCACCAAGGCCGUUCCUACUGCCCUCAGGUUGCAGGAUAAAGUGGCAGUGAUCACGGGAGGUGCAAGCGGAAUUGGUGAGGAGACAGUGAAGAAGUUUGUGGCACACGGUGCAAAAGUGAUUAUUGCCGACAUUCAGGACGCUGCAGGGGAACAGUUGGCACACGAGCUCGGCGGACCUGAGACAGUCCGCUACAUCCAUUGCGAUGUGACCCAAGAGGAACACGUCGCAGCGGCUGUGGAUCUCAGCGUCAGUGCCUAUGGAGGCCUCCAUGUUAUGUUCAACAAUGCUGCAGUAACCGGGCCCGUGGGCCCGCUGGACCAAAUGCUCAUGGCGGAUUUCGAUCGUGCCUAUGGCAUUCUCUUGAAAGCGGCGGUCAUGGGAGUAAAACACGCAGCUAGAGUUAUGAAGCCGAUGCAGACGGGCAGCAUCAUAACCACAGCGAGCGUCUCUGCACACAUCGGAAGCGGCCCCAUGGCUUACACGACAUUCAAGCACGCAUUGUUGGGAAUGACUCGAUCUGCAGCUUUCGAGCUUCGUGCCUCCAAUAUCAGAGCCAACACCAUUUCUCCUGGCAUGAUCUGGACACCGAUGUGGAACCAGCUCCCUCAGGCUGCAAUCGAUAAAGUCCAGACCUUGUCAUUCUUCCCGGCGAUGAAGACCGGUGUCUCACAUCCAAUUGCAGGCCCUGACAGUAUAGCCAACGCAGCUCUGUUUCUAGCGAGCGACGAUUCUUCUUUCGUCACUGGCGAAGACUUGGUGGUAGAUGGAAGUCAUAUGCUGUGUCCUGAGGAUCUAAUCACCAAGAUAAUCAAGUCUGCGCUGAAGUCUGCCGGACUCUGCUGAAGAGACGGACGACAUAUUGUGGGGCUCCUGUGCAGGCGAGGUCGUUUUCACCCAUAGAUUACAACUCUUUGCAAAACAGCCCAGCAAGGGGACCACUAGCCCUGGACAUGAUGAGGACAUCCCACUCUCUUGCCCCAGGUUGCCAUCCUUUUCGCUUUAUUGCUUGGUGCCCCUUCUUUCCUUUCUCAGAGAGAGUUUUGGGAGCAGGUUAAGGUUUCAUGAUCGUCCUUGUACUUCACAUCACCGUGCGCAGACCCGGGCAAACGGAAAUGGCAAUGACUGAGAUGAGGAGACUCAAAAUAUUCUAUGGAAUUCGAUGGAGAAACCAAUUCAGGGGUUCGAGAAAAUGCUGGAAGCUUCUUCUCGUUUUAUACGA